AUGCCCUCUCCUCUUUUGCUAGGUUCCGACCCUACGUUCAGCUUUGAUGGCACUGAGCUUUACGGUGCCUCCGGAUUUUCUAGAGUCAACCUCUAUCCCCAGACUUUGUCCCCCCGAAAGGUAUUUUUUUCUCUCCAACGAUCGUCGCAAGCAAACUACAGAGAAUACGAUCUAGAGAGUGCACAGGGUCAACGCAAGGUUGGGUUAUAG